AUGGCCAGCUCCCGCUACCACUCGGGAUACUUGGCCGACGAUGAGGCCGGCCACAGUCCCUAUGUGGCCCGGGUGCAGUCUCUCAAGAAACCCCCGUUGCCACAAAUGGGGUGGACCCGUGUGCCACCCCCGCGGUUCACGCGGGGCACCUCAGCGCAGCCGGGUCCCCGCCGAGACACCAAGGGCCCCCAGCCCUUCGGCAGCUUCCUGGAUUUCCUGACCGAGGGUCAGGUGCUUGAGAGCCUGCAGACGGUGGUAGAGGAGGCAACGGAGCGCAUGGCCACCAUGAAGACGGGGGCUGGUGUGCCGCUGGUGGAGGUGCGAGAUCCGGUGGUGGAGCCGGCAAGCGGAGGGCGGAGGCCCCGGGCCCGGCCCACCUGGAGCACAGUCUGCCGGCACCGCGCUCAGCCCAGCCUGUGCGUCGGCCGCCCCAACAACUACCCAUCGCGCUGCAGCUCCGAGUCGGACUCCCGCAGCAGCCUCACUGCUGACUGGCUGGGGUCCCACGGCCAGGGCAGUGACCUGGGGGCCCGAGGCUCAGGCUCCCUGCCCCCUCUGAAAGACAGGCUUUUGCUGGAGCAGAGCCUCAAGCGGUUACUGAAACUGGAGAGGAAAGGGAAAAGCAGGAGUCAGCCCUCCCGGAAGGACUCCCUGCGGUGGGAUUCCCUGGGCAGCCAGACCACCAGCCAGUGGUCCCCGGAGCAGCCCCUGUCCUGGUUCUCAGACCUGCUGAGUUCCAGCACGGGCACCCCGGAAGCAUCAGGGCAGACGCCCAGCGAAGAGGAGCUGAGCUUCCUCAAGCAAGAGUUGGACAAGAAGCUCAUGGCGCUGCUGAGCCAGCCAGCGGCCCUCGACCUGCCUGGCUACUGCUCGCUGCACCAGCCCCACUGCACCCUGGACUUCCUGGCUCAGCAUCACCUGUUCCCCGCGCUGCAGAGCGUGGUCAGCCAGGCUGUGGACAAGCUCAGCGGUGCCCGGCGGCACGACGGCUGCCCACUCUUCCCCGCCAACGUGGAGGCCUCGUCGGAGCUGCCCCUCCACUACGAUCUGCUGCCCUCAGGCUCCCAGCUGGCCUCGCCCACCGACAAGGAGGAGGCAGCGUCCCCCAACACCACCACCUCCAUGCCCAGGAUGGAGCACAGGAAAAGCAAGGGCACACAGGGCUCCCCCUCCGUGACUAGUGCCACCAGAUUCAAGCUCAAGAGCUCCAACAGCAAGUUCUUGAAUAAGAAGCCACUGCCCUCCAUCUCGCCCACGUCCAGCGUGUCCCAGCUCUCCGACCCUGGGUACAAGGAAAUCUCCAGCUUCCUGGUCGAGCGCGCCGUCUCCCUGCUCAUCUGCAAGUACAAAUUCGAGCACAACCUCGCCAAGAAGCUCGGCUUCCUCUCCAGGCCCAUCACUGAGACGCUCAUGGACCUGAGGCUGGGCUUUAAGACGGUGAAGGGUUCGCACAUCCGGCUGUCCUCCCAGAUGGACUGGAGCUGCUUGCUGCACAAGUUGGAGGGAGCCAAGCAGAGGAAGCCGGCGGCCCAGCUCGCCACACAGCACGGUGGCCCGGCCUGCGCCAGGCAACCGGAGCCAAGCACCACCCUUGGCUGGGAACAGGCCACCGAACCCUUCUUCUCUUCCGACACGGAGCUGCUAGGCAGCCAGCUGUACAGCCCCCGGGAGUCUACAUCACAAGAUGGACAGACACCCACGAGUCUGUCGGAGCCCAAGCUGUCCAUGUCCUCCGGCACCGGCAUGGGCACGAGUCCCCCCAAGUCCAAGAAAAGAUUGGAUGGAGAGUACAGUGAGGGUCGCGACGGUGCUAGUGAUGAUGAGGGGGAGGGGGACGAGAACCUGAGCCCCCCGUCGGAGGCCUUCAUCAGCCACUAUGUCAACCUGAACCCCGUGGAUCCCCUAUGA